CCUUUUGACAUAACGUAUCAAUUUAUUCAGUAAAUGUAUUUCGUUUAGCAUCAAAGAAAGUAAGUCGUGUUUUAAAUACCAAACGCUCGGUCCGGAAGUGGGCGUUUUAUAGCGGUUGAACGCUAACUAGCUUGUUAACUACUAGACUCGAGUUGCAGCAGAUACCGUUGCAUUGCAGUGCCAGGCAGGAUAGGACCGAGCAACGAAAGGAAAAGAAAGGUGCCAAUUGGGAUCGAACCUCGCCUUCAUUUUUGAUUCAGGAUGGGGAACAGAGAUGACGAGUACGAUUACUUGUUUAAAGUGGUGUUGAUCGGAGACUCUGGUGUGGGGAAGAGUAACCUAUUGUCUCGUUUCACCCGGAAUGAGUUUAACCUGGAGAGUAAGAGCACCAUCGGCGUGGAGUUUGCCACCCGCAGUAUCCAGGUGGACGGCAAGACGGUGAAGGCCCAGAUCUGGGACACGGCUGGUCAGGAGAGAUACCGGGCUAUAACCUCAGCAUAUUACCGUGGGGCGGUGGGGGCUCUGCUGGUCUAUGACAUCGCCAAGCACCUGACCUAUGAAAACGUGGCGCGUUGGCUGAAGGAGCUGAGAGACCAUGCAGACAGCAACAUCGUCAUCAUGCUGGUCGGCAACAAGAGUGACCUGCGCCACCUCAGGGCUGUGCCCACCGACGGGGCGCGGGCAUUCGCAGAGAAGAACGGCUUGUCUUUCCUGGAGACUUCCGCCCUGGACUCUACUAACGUGGAGACAUCCUUCCAGACCAUUCUGACUGAAAUCUAUCGCAUCGUGUCUCAGAAACAGAUGUCGGACCGGCAAGACAACAACAUGUCGCCUAGCAACAACGUGGUCAACAUCCAGGUGCAGCCGACGGAGAAUAAACCAAAGAUGCAGUGUUGUCAGAGCAUCACCUGACCCCUGACCCCCGACC